GGUACUCAUCUUUUCAUACUCGCACCACUUACUCUCUUUGAUAGCAUAAAUAUCUUUAAUCAAAUACAAAAACAGCCACUCAAACACCUCUCUCUCUCUCUCGUGUUAAGGGGUACCAAACCUAGACUUUAUCCUACACAGCUCUCUCUUUUUCUACCCAAUUCUCUCUCUCUCCAAGCAAAAGAUGGAGAGUUUGUUGUCAAAGCUCAUUUCUUUAGCUUUCUGUGGACUGUUCAUCACCACAUGGGCUCAAGACAAUCUAAUAAAUCCAACCAAGUUGGAAAUGUUUGUGGAUGAACUUCCAGAUAUGCCCAGGCUUCCUGGCUUCGAGUUCGUCAAUGGCGUUGCAGUGUCCAAGUCACUGACGAUUGGGAUGUACCACAAGAAAUGGAAAUUUCAUAGGGAUCUCCCUUUAACUCCGGUAUUUGCCUAUGGUACAUCCAAGAACACCGCAACAAUUCCUGGUCCAACGAUUGAGGCCAUCAAUGGUGUUGACACUUAUGUGACGUGGCAAAAUCAUCUCCCUUCAAAGCACAUACUACCUUGGGACCCGACUAUCCCAACUGCAAUACCGUCCACCAAGAAGGGUAUUCCUACGGUGGUGCACCUCCAUGGUGCCAUUGGUGAGGCCGAGAGUGAUGGACACGCGGAAUCAUGGUUCACCGUUGGAUUCAAAGAACGAGGGCGGACUUGGAGCAAGAAAAUGUACCAUUAUCACAACUUUCAACAACCGGGAACAAUGUGGUAUCAUGAUCAUGCCAUGGGACUGACUAGAGUCAACAUUUUAGCUGGUUUGAGUGGGGCCUACAUAAUUCGCCAACCCAAUGUCGAGGCACCACUUGGCUUACCCCAUGGCGAUGAAUUUGAACGACCAUUGGUCAUUUUUGAUCGUAGCUUUCGUACAGAUGGUUCCAUAUAUAUGAAUUCCACAGGAAACAAUCCCUCAAUUCACCCACAGUGGCAGCCUGAAUACUUUGGUGAUGCUGUCAUAGUAAACGGAAAAGCAUGGCCCCACAUGAUCGUGAAGCGUAGAAAGUACCGUUUUCGUAUCAUCAAUGCAAGCAAUGCAAGGUUCUUCAAAUUCUUCUUCACCAACGGUCUAGAUUUCAUCCAUGUGGGGUCCGACUCGGCAUAUCACGAACGGCCCGUGAUAAUCGAUGAGAUCCUCAUGGCCCCGUCUGAGAUAGCCGAUGUGAUCGUUGACUUUUCAAAGUCAAAGUCUGAUUCGGCUAUUCUAGCCAAUGAUGCACCUUAUCCCUUCCCAACUGGAGACCCAGUCAACAAAGCCAAUGGCAAAGUCAUGAAAUUCAUCGUCGAACCACAUCAUGUGAAUGACAAGUCAAGGGUGCCUCGUAAAUUACUAGAAUACCCAUCCCCCGAUGUAUCUAGUGCUUCGCUCACACGGUACAUCGCUAUGUACGAGUAUACCAGCCCCACCGGUGAGCCUACGCAUUUGUAUCUAAACGGAAUGUCAUUCGAAAAACCAGUGACCGAGACACCGAAGGUGGGGUCCUCCGAAGUUUGGAAUGUGAUCAAUCUAACGGAGGAUAAUCACCCUCUACACAUCCAUUUGGGUCUAUUUGUGGUGUUAGAUCAGACCGAAUUGGUCAACAAAGACGUGUUUACAGCGUGCAUGACGAAGUUCAACGAUGCGAUCAGGUGCCAAAUAAGCAAGUAUGCACGUGGCAACAAGACGGAGGUGCUGGCCCAUGAGAAGGGAUGGAAGAACGUGUACAAAAUGAUGCCCGGAUACGUUACAAAGAUACUAGUGAGGUUUUCUUACAUACAUUCAAAUGCAUCCUACCAAUUUGAUGCAACAGCAGAGCCCGGCUAUGUCUACCAUUGUCACAUUUUGGAUCAUGAAGACAAUGUGAUGAUGAGGCCCCUGAAGUUCAUCAGUUGAGAAGCUCUGCAGAGGAGUGAAGACAUGCAGGAUCCUAUAUAUUCAUCGAGGACAAUGCUGAAAUUUGUCCAUUUUCCAUUCAUGAUAUGUUAUAUUGAGAGAGUGUAGAAAUGACAGUGUUUUACAAGAUGUGUGAUCACUAUUGCAAAUAUGCACACAUGACAACUAUACAUAUAUGAGACUUGACUAGAACAUAGUCUUUUUUAUAUCUAAUGAAACGUGGAAGAUGGCCAAUGCUGAAACCUAAUGUGUAAUUUUUAGGCUUGAUUUGAGUUUAUUAUUGGAAUUCCAAGGUGAUUUCUUGUGGAAAUGGCAGGAAGAUCUCUUGGGUAGCUUACUGCAUUAGCCUUCUGUCACUCCAAGGUAGGAAAAGAUACAUAACUUGGUAGCCUUCUAUCCUCUUUGGUCUGUACAAUUUUGAAACGUAUUGUACAAUAAAGGAUAAUGAUCAUUGAGUUCAGAAAAUAAGAGAUAAUGAUCAUUGAGUUCGACUAGUUGUCUUUGCUCAAGAGCAAAUAUUG